CACAGCUUUCCUUUUCUGUUAGACCUCUGGACCAACAAAACGCAGCUUCUUCUUCCCUCCGAAAUCUUUAGAGAGAGAGAGAGAGACUACGGCUGUGUUUGGCUUUCGCGCUUUUUUGCUCCGUCGCUGAGCUCCGUUUUCUUAUGGCGAGCGGAUGGGUUAAGUCGUUGCACUGUAAAUCGAGAGCCUUUGAAGACGUUUUCCACCCAAGCCCCAGAAUCCUCAUACCAAGUUCUGGUUGCAGACAGAGUGUUCAGAGUAUCAAAGACGUCGUCAUUGAUAACACUUCUAAGCCUAAACGCAGAAAUAUUCCCAAACCCAAACACCACCUUGAGAAGCAUCCCAGUUCGAGAUACCCACAGCGAGCAACGAAGCCUGAGUCUCCCGUUAAUCCUACCCUUGUAAAUCGGUCACGUAGUAGCACUUCCACGCGCCCUGCGCGUGCGCCGGAAUCGUUUUUCCCAUCCCUGAAGGAGCUUCCUGUGGGACAUCCAUCGAGGAAUGUGGUUGAGAUUAUCUUCCAUAGUAGUUGGGGUUCGAAGGCAUUUUCGGGUCGGAUGGAGAUGAUUUUCAAGGUUCAGAAUGGAUCCAAAACGGUGGCGCGGUUCGAGGAGUAUCGCGAGGCGGUGAAAGCGAAGGCUCGAGCCGGCUCCGGCGGUCCGGCGGAAGGGAGUAAUUGGGAGGAGGAGAAUGCGCGGUGCGUGGCGGACGGGAAUGAGAUGAUGCGGUUUCAUUGCUUGGGUCCGGCUUCGGGCGGUGGACCCUACGUUACGGGAGGAGGCGGCGGAGGAGGUUGUGGGUGGUCGUUUCCCGGCGGAAAAGGAACGGCAAUCUGCACAUUCGCCGGCAGCGGCGGGGCCCAUGAGAACGCAGGCGGAGGGAGGGGACGGAAAGCGAUGCUGGUGUGCCGGGUCAUAUCGGGUCGGGUGUCGAAGCAAGUAGGGUUCAUGGACUCGCUGUUGGAUGGGCGAGUCGGGUACGACUCAGUGAGUGGGGAGAAGGGCGAGAUGUUAGUAUUUGAUUCGCGUGCCGUUUUGCCCUGUUUUCUUAUUAUCUAUAAAUUGUAAAAAAGGAAAGAAAUAUUUACCGUUUCUAAAUUUCUUACCCUUACCUUCCUAUUUUGAUGUUUUUCGUUUGAGGGGGGCAAAAAAACAAUGGAGUUGUAUGUAUGUGGUGGAGGUCUUGAACCUCUUUUUGCAUGGAUUUUAAAUGUCAUCAACACGAUUAUUUUUUC